UUUAGAGAGGGUGCGGCUGGGGAUGUCCUCGUAGUGACACUGCUGCCUCACCAGCACUUACACCGCUUCACCAGAACAACACAGACCACAUCUCACCAGCUUACUGAACAACACAGACUAUAUCUCACCAGCUUACUGAACAACACAGACCACAUGGGCCAGCGUAGUUCCCAGCCUCAGCUCUACCCUGGAGACAUUGUGGAGUUUCCCCGAAAUAAGCAUUUCUCCCACUUUGGGGUCUAUUAUGGAGAGAGAGACGGAGUUUCCUAUGUGGCUCACCUGACCUCACGAGACUCAGAUGCCAGGUUGCUUCUGUUUGGCCGGGCCAUGAAGUCUUCAGUGAAGGUGGAACCGGUAGAGCUGGUGGGGAAACAUUACAAAGUCAGCAACUACCUGGAUGGCACACACGCUCCGCGGGAUUUCUACACUCUGGUGAAACCCGAGAUUGACGAAGCCGUGGGAAAAACAUUCACCUAUGACAUCCUGUUCCACAACUGUGAACAUCAGGCCACCCUAUACCGCUACGGCCUGAAGAAAUCUGUACAGAUUGAAAAGAUCUAUGGCCAGAUUUACCCAACUUGGAAAGAGCUCUUUGAAAAGAAGAAACUGUAAGCAGCAGUAGAAGAAAGAGUCUCUAACAUAUUAUUUUUGUGUGGAAGUUACUGUGCUAAUGCUUUCUGUUUUUCCUUUUUGGGCCGCCAAAUGGCGGAACUUCAGUUUGUAUUUCUGUUCGCUCCCUCUUUAGUUUCCCCGGUGUUAAUUGUAUCAUUGUUUUCAAUUAUUCAAUCAUUGUUUCUGUUCGCGUCUCCUUAUCCCUUCCCUGUCUGGUUUGAUUGUGUAUUGUGCUCACCUGUGUCUUAUUAGUUGCCUGUCUAUUUAAGUUCUUUGUUCCCCUGACUCGGGUGCUGGUUCCUUGUGUUUCUGCCUGUGUUUCUGCGUGCAUUCUUGCCCUGCCGAUGUUCUGAUCUGUGUUUCUUGUAUUUAGAGAAGUUCUACUGUUUUCAUUAUUUGAGGAAUUUUUGAGUUUUCAUGGUUUUGCCCCUCGUGGCCACUUUGUUUGUUCCUGAGUUUUUUUGUAAAUAAAUUCUUUGUGUGAAUUUUC